AUGUGGCCUGGACAGGCCAUGAGCCUCAAGGUCAACCAGAUCAUCCACCACGAGAAGUCCAAGUACCAGGAUGUCCUCGUCUUCGAGAGCAGCGACCACGGCAUGGUCCUCGUUUUGGACAAUGUCAUCCAGUGCACCGAGCGCGACGAGUUCUCCUACCAGGAGAUGAUCACUCACCUCGCCAUGAACUCUCACCCCAACCCUGAGAAGGUCCUCGUCAUCGGUGGUGGUGACGGUGGUGUUCUCCGUGAGGUCGUCAAGCACGCUUCCGUCAAGGAGGCCACCUUGUGCGACAUCGACGAGGCCGUCAUCCGUGUCUCCAAGAAGUACCUCCCCGGCAUGGCCAUUGGCUUCCAGCACCCCAACGCCCACACCCACGUUGGUGACGGCUUCGAGUUCCUCAAGAACCGCCAGAACGAGUUCGACGUUAUCAUCACCGACAGCUCUGACCCCGAGGGUCCCGCCGAGAGCCUCUUCCAGAAGCCCUACUUCGAGCUUCUCAAGUCUGCUCUCCGUGAGGGCGGUGUUAUCACUACCCAAGCUGAGAACCAAUGGCUCCACCUUGACCUCAUCGCCGACCUCAAGAAGUCCUGCAAAGAGGUCUUCCCCGUCGCCGAGUACGCCUACACCACCAUCCCUACCUACCCCUCCGGCCAGAUCGGCUUCAUGGUCUGCUCCAAGGACGCUUCCGCCAACGUGCGUGAGCCCCUCCGCACCUGGUCCGCCGAGGAGGAGCAGAAGCUCUGCCGUUACUACAACCAGGACAUUCAUCGCGCCAGCUUUGUCCUGCCUAACUUCGCCCGCCAGAAGCUCGGCAACUAA